CCUCUGCCGUCCCGUGGGCGAAUUGCGUGUUUGAGAGUCACCAAUGUGGUCACGUGACACAUUUACACUUCCUGUUUUGUACAAUUACAUUGAUGUGGGGACCAAGACAUGGGACUAUCAUAAUAUAAUUAACACUUGAGCGUUUAGUUGGCCAGUCUCGCGCUAUGCAUCGAAGGGUUCUGUUUUGUCUUGCGUGCCUGCCUGUUUAUCUGCUGGUUGUGGCAGUGCCGACUCCAAAGCUCCAAAACGACCGUAAUGGCAAUAUCGGUAAAUUCUGGCACAUCUCAGACUUGCACUUGGAUCCCACUUAUCAUGUGACAGAGGACCGCACCAAAGUGUGCCUCUCCUCCAAGGGCUACCCUGCCUCUGACCCGGGGGCAUUUGGGGACUUCAUGUGUGACUCGCCCUAUCAACUCAUCUUAUCUGCAUUCCAGUUCAUGAAACACAGCUUCCCCCAACCAGACUUCAUGAUAUGGACAGGUGACAGCCCUCCUCACGUUCCAGCGGCUGAGCUGUCUACACAGCAGGUGAUCGACGUCAUCGCCAACACCACACACACCAUCAGAGAGUUCUUCCCCACUCUGCCUGUCUACCCCGCAGUGGGAAACCACGACUAUUGGCCCCAGGAUCAGUUACCGACGUCAACAAAUGAGAUUUACCAGGCUCUUGCCAAACUCUGGGCAGGUUGGCUUGAACCAGAGGCACUUGCUACCCUGCGAGAAGGUGGCUUCUACUCCCAACUCAUUCGACCCCAGCUGCGUUUGGUGAGUCUAAACACCAUCCUGUACUACGGCCCCAAUAAGGUGACGGAAAACAUGACGGACCCAGCUGGGCAGCUCCAGUGGUUGCAGAACACUCUAGAAGCCUCAAGACAAAACAUGGAGAUGGUCUAUAUCAUUGCUCACGUUCCCGUCGGUUACCUCCCAUAUGCAAGGGAUACCACGGCCAUGCGGGAGGUGUACAAUGAACGCCUCGUGGAGAUGUUUCGCAACUACAGUGACCUAAUUUCCGGACAGUUCUAUGGACACACGCAUAGAGACAGUAUUAUGGUCCUGCUGGAUCACCAAGGUAAACCGGUGAACUCUGUGUUCGUCACGCCGGCCGUCACGCCCAUCAAGAACGCCCGGGAGCCGUACUCCAACAACCCCGCAGUGCGCACGUACCUGUACGAUCCUGCAGACUAUGGAGUGCUGGAUAUCUGGCAAUACUACCUGAACCUCACCGAGGCCAACCGAGAAGGCAGCUCGGAGUGGAAGCUGGAGUACACGCUGACCGGGGCCUUUGAACUGACAGACGCUCGGCCCCAGAGCCUGCUGGAGCUCGCCCUCGCUCUGGCCGAGCCAGGGAGCAAAGCCUUUCACAAGUACUUUAAGCACUUCAUGGUGAGCUACAAUGACACCAUUACGUGCGAGGGCGACUGCAAAUCCACUCAGACCUGUUCGGUCAUGUUCCUUGACCGUGAUUCUUACUCGGCUUGUGUGAAGAAAAUGGGAAAGAAAAAGUAGGGGAACAGAUUGAGUAGCAAGAGUUUAUUUUUUCACAAUGCUGGUGUUUUACAAAGAUAAUAAGGGAACAAAAGAGAGCACUUUUUUGUGUAAUUCACUGUUCUGAAAAGGGAAUUUUAAGAAUUUUCUGGUGCGGGUAUCGGACACAGAUGAAUGUAGUAUUUUGAUUGAAAAAGGGAUUUUGUGAAAAGUGAAGGGUCUGGACUACUGAUUUCUAAAGUGAUUGUUAGAUUAGAAGUGGGUGCAUGGCAAGAUGGCUGAUCAGAAUUCAGUACGAGUUUCCCUGAGGGACAAAUGCUGAACAAAUUAUUAUUUUUUUUUUGUUAAAUGAAAUUUUGUUAAAGGAAAGUUCAUAAAUAAAUACUCUUUUGUCAUG